UUGCUCCACUUCGUCUACGACCUGUGGCUCUUCACGACCAUCGGCGGGGCCAAGAACAGCGCCAGGAUUGGCGUACGGCAGGCCCUCGCCUCGAAGCCGUACUCGCCCGAGCUGCGGCGCACCUACCACAUGGCCCUCGUUGACCUGCAAAAACAGAUCGGCUGGCCGAGCUUGUUCAUCACCAUCGCGCCCUACGAAUGGUCGUUUCCAUACCAUACCUGGCUCGAAGACGAACUGGCCAAGACGUUGUCCUCGCGGCUGGAGAUGCCUGUGUCCGAGACGCUGCAUUUGGCACACGUCCUCACUCAGGCGGUUAAAGGCCUCCUCGCGGGCGCCAACGACGGACUGAAGCCCGACAAGGAGCACAUCUUUGCAUCUGCCGAUGGGUCGGGCAAGGUUUUUCAUUGGGUGGCCAGAUUGGAAUUUCAGGAUGGGAAGCGCAAGCGUGCGACCUUCCGCGAUGCCCAGUUCUACCAUGGCCGCGGCACCAUCCACAUUCACAUCCUGCUAUGGCUCAGUCGCAUGCAGGAUCUGGACCUUGCCUCGAAGAUCCGAGCAGACGUGCCUGACGCUGUGGAUGCAGAGAUGCGUGACCUCGUCAUGGCAUCCCAGUUGGAUUACAACUCAAGUGGCUGGCCUGUGCGCAACGAGGAGACCCGGGUGGUCACGGCUGAGCAAAGGCUCCAAUUGCAUCACCCCGUAGACGCGUUUGCAAAGUGCUGCCGUGCCUACUUGCCAGAUGUGCUUGCCGCCCUCCGCUGCCACGUCGACGUGCUGGCCUCGGACGGCUACCUCCCGAAGUUCAGCAGCUCGUUCGCGCAGGAGCUUUUGAACGAUCAGGCCACGGACUUCACGCUCGCCAGGCGAGUGCUUGCAGAUUAUCAUCCUUUGCAGCCGGAGAUGAUCAUGCAGUUGGCAGCGCAGCAGCAUCCACAAUUCCUUUGCCCGGGCAUCGUGCGUAAGUUCGUGGUCCCAGUGCCAUGGCAGCGGGAGCCCCCGAAACUCGUGCAGGACUACAUGGCGAGCUCGUGGAGGCAAGACAACAUGACCCUUCUGGAGUAUUUGCGGAAGGCAGGCUCGGAUGGACAGAUCGGCCAGAGAUAUCGCCGCCUACACAAAGCCCUCAAAGUCCAAGUGCCCGUGGAAGAGUGGAUCAAUCACUUCCCGGCCGACGGCCAGAUCGUCGUUGCGAGCGUGAUGUAUACCCACAGCAAUGAUCGCCGUUUUGGACAGUGGCUUUUGCUGAACGUGCCUUUCCGCCGCGUAGAUGAUCUGUGGCACCCCGAAGCAGCUCGACUUCCGGAAGCGCUGCGACAUCUCGGCCUCUGCGUCCUCCAUCGCCCGCGCUUCUGGCGCAAUUCAGAGCGGGUGCGACAAGAAAUGGAGCAUGAGGCAAGGACCGAACUUCACAUCGCCAACACGCUGAGCAUGCUGGCGUCUAGAAUUGAGCUAAUCGAUGCGUACCUCACCGGAGAGCUUACAACUGCUGAGAACCCUGCGCCACCACUCCAUGGCGUCGCGCGCUUCGAUGGAGAAAAUCUCGAGCUGGCGCCGGAGCAGGCGGGUGUCAUCGCGAUGAUCACAGACCGGGUUGAGCACGCACUGCAGGCCAAGUUCCCGGAAGAGCGCGACGUGGAGGCGUGGGGGGUCUGGUUGGACUCGAAGCCGUCUCAGAACAAGGUCAGCGUCGUGUUGGGCCCGGCCGGCAGCGGCAAGAGCACAGCAGUAGAGGUUGCCCUGGACCGGGCAAUCAAGCAGGGCGCGCAGGUCGGAAUCGCGUGUCCUACAGGUAUGCUGGCUACUCGCUACAGAGCCCGGCACCCAGAUGUUGAUAUCGACACGGUGCACGGCAUGUUCGCGCUACACAAGGACGAGCUGGAGACGGCCGACAUGAUGCAGCCUUACGACCUGAUGGUGAUCGACGAGGUCGGGCAGCUUCCGACCUGGAUCUUUGACAGGCUGCUUCGCCUGUGGGACGCCGCAGAUCGACGACCUGCGCUGGUUUUUGUGGGUGAUUUCUGCCAACUGGCCGGCUUGGAUGGCACGACCGCAAGAGACAGCCUUCGUUGGCACGAGAUGCAUGUCAUGCAGCUUCGGGAAAUGCGCCGCUGCAAGUGUCCAAGCCUCAGGUGGAAGCUCGAGCUGUUGCGCAACGCCAUUCCUUCAGGUAAGCAGCUGAAAAAGAUUGUCAGGGGGCAUCGUGCCAACAUGCGGAAGACAUCCCGCGGGAAGAUCCCUACUGCUGAGGAGAUUGCAGCAAUCAUGCGCGAGACACCAAGCACGACCUUUGUCACCCUUUCUCGCAGAGGUUCGGCUGGACUGAACCAGCUUGCCAUGAUGGCCCUCUUCGCUGACACACCAGCGCUGGACUGGAUUCCUUGCGACCCACAAGAGAAUUUCCGCAACUUCCAGGGACAGAUCCAGGUCAGCGCAGAACCCUACAUGAUGCCGGUGUACGAGGGCAUGCGCAUCAGGAUCACGAGGAACAUCGACAAAGAAAACGGCUUUGUCAACGGCAUGGGGGCCACAGUGCAGCGCAUGAGGACCAGUGGUGUGCAAGUGCGCACUGAUGCGGGCGAGACGCUUCUUAUCCACAAAGUGACUCAGGACAUCCAGGUCUACGACGGCAGCUGGCGAAGAGUGACUGCCUUCCCAGUGCGCCCUGGGUACAGUACUACCCUGCAUAAGGUUCAGGGCGCCACCCUCUCUCAUGUCACCAUCUGGAUGGAUGUCCCAUUUGUACGCGCGGCCCUGUAUGUUGCCAUUUCUCGUGUACAGCAUGACCGCGAUUGGCAGUUCAUAGGCAUCAUUGACCGACGACAUUGUUUGCCAGCUGGUCUCUCGUAA